AUGCAUCAAAAGAUUGCUCCACAAGACAGAAAGUUGUCGUCGAAAUUAACUCGCCGUGUUUGCAUAACAGAGGAUUUAAUUUGCCUCAUGGAAGGCUUCACCAUUACUGCAAUAAAUGAAAGACCUGAGCAGAAAGAUCUGGUGAACUUUGCGUCAAACUAUUUCGAGGAAAUUCGAAAGAGAAGGAACAUGUUAGCCGAUAGAGGAGUGGGCAACUUCAGAACUGGCUUAUAUCUCUGUAAGGAGUGGAAUGGCCAACUAUGAUUGAGGGAAGUUUACAUUCUUGAGUGAACUGAAGAUAAUGUAUGAAGAUACUCAAAUACGGUUAUCGAUUAUCAGUGAAGUUGUGUUUAAUUGCUGACACGAGCACUUAACCACUAUGAAUUCACUGAGUAAUUAAUUAAAUGGCUUUUAGUAAAAGAACUACAACAUAUAGACAGACCCGAUUUUUCUUAAAGUACGCAUGAAUAUCAAACAACAUCUCAAAUUCAGUCCUCGACUGUGACAUGGUUAUUUCGUGCAAGGUGGCUUUUGGCUUUGAAGACAUCGUUACUCCGGCCUUCGUAGCUGCCUGUCGUGUCGAGUGAAAGCCUAUCUACUUAAUGAUAUUUAAACAUGAAUCACAUGUUUAAACGUGUGUGUAGAUUAACACUAAUUGUAGAUAUUCAGUCCUAGCAGAAGGAAUUUGUAACUGGUGUUUUUAAUAAUAUUUGAGAAUGAACUGACUUUUGUCGGCUACUUUGGAUCCGACGGUUGCAGGAAAAAGGGCCAUGAGAUGUGUUAUUCAAUAAUAUUCCAAUUUUGUCAAAUGAGCACAGUGUAAGUCAGAGUUUCAUAACUGUUUAUUUAUUUUUGCGUUUCGUGACUUAGUAAAACCAUGUAAUUUACAACUAAAUACAAUUACAUUAUGUAUUUUUCUGAUUUUGAAGUCUUUCAUCAAACCUACCGCAACAAAUAAAUUGGCAAACGACCUUUUUGAUUAAAAUUCAUGACAUGUAAAAAAAUUGAUUGAGAACAGAAUUUGGACAAUAUUUUAGAAGGUCACGACUCAACUCUGCUGCCAAUAUAACAAGACUUCAUUUUCCAUAUGUAUCGUCAUGAUAUGAAGCCUGUCCUCGGAAAUCUGCCGAGUGAGUCGAGUGCUAAUGAAAUUACAAACAUGUAAAAUAUUUCCGUACCGUAAAAGGUCGUAAAACCAAACAUCAAUUUUUUUUUUCAGUGGACAAUGUAUGCGAUGACUAUGUAUUACAAACAGAAACAAUUAAACGUUUUUCAGCGGUCCAACAAAAACCAUGGACGAAGCUAGACCUGAGGAAAACCGGCUUUCAAACGCUUUACUAAAAACUAUAAAGUAAUCAUACAAAACAGGGAUUUUCGGCGAAUUUCUAUCAUGGAAUCGGAUGCGAGAAAAUUUUAUUUUAAAUCCCAAGGAAAAAAAAUUGAAAGUAAACAAAUAGAUUAUAAUCUGGAGUUAGGAACUGGAGUAGAAUAAACAGGAAGAAGAAAAAAAGGCGUUAAUUUCGUUAAAAUUUUAUCAGUCCUAUUAAAUAUCAUCUUUUUGCCAGUGUUGAUACGCAGAAGUGACUAGACUUAUCAUAUGUAUAAAGACGUCAUUGUAUGUGUUUUUAGCGACAUUUUGAGGUUUUACUGCUAUGCGAUUUUUCUCUAGAGGAAAUGAGUCUUUUAUAGAAUACAUCCCGCUAUAUUCCAAGCUAUUCCAGUUCAGCCGCUUUACUUCCGUUCGCCAAAGAACCCUGCCGUUUUCACGGUUCUUCGUUCCGAUCGCUUGAUGAGAUGUUAUCUUGCAAGGAAAUGUGCGGUAAUGUGUGCGAAAAGAAACGAUUGAGUUUUGAGACCUUUUAGGGGCCGGGGGGUGGGGUGGGGGAUUUGGUGGAGGGGUUACUCCCUCUGAUAUAAGCCAUAUAGGUAUGUGCCUCCCCAAAAGGUAUGGUUUUCCCCCCGUUUUGGUCUGAAAACGUGUAUAGAAUCUGCUUAUUUUGGUCUGGAAUCAGGCGUGGUUUCGAGGGAACUACGAGAGUGUAUAUAAGUAUUUAAUUCCAAAUGAAUGAGAAAGAAAGAGUAAUAUGCGAAUUGGAAAUGUAUUUUGAGAAAUCUUUUUUGGCGUUCUAAUCUAAGUUAUGAUGAAAGAGGCCAGGUCUGAAAACUAGUACCAGUGGAUUUUAGGAGUUAGAUCUGAAAACGAGAGUGGAAAAUGAUUUUUUUUGUUUUGAAAUAAGGUCAGGAUUUGGAGAACCGGGCGGCACACCCCCACCAAAAUUCCAUGCUUAAGGGUUAUUAAACCAGUGGGUUUGUUAACAUCUAUAGUAGAGGUUAACAGUACACAGCUUGUGAUAACCGAGGUGUUAAUAGAUGUCUGUUCAUUUUGUUGCGUUUUUUACUUCUGAAGAAAAUAAAAGAAGGGAAAAAAUUAGAUUAGAAAUUUGAUUUUUAAUCCGACAUAAGCCUUCUGUUACAUUUCAACGUAAUUUAGAUUGCAGAGAUGGUUAGAGUGCCUCUUGAAACUUAGCCAGAUUUGGUCCAAUAAAAUAUCGAAACACACACUUCUGGUAGGCUACCGGAAGUGCGUGUCUCUGAGUCAUUUAAAAAGUUGCUGUUAACACAAAGAAGAUCAAAUUAGCCGCUUUCUUUCCCAAUAAAAGUAAGUUUUCAAAAAUUUAAGAUUUUGCGAGAAAUCUUGAGCCACUGCUCGCGAAACAUUAAAUUUUUGUUAGUUAUGCGAUUGUGUGCUUCUGUGUUCCCUUUCAGUAUUUUGUUUGUUUUGUAUUACGUAACCUUUUUCCAUGAGUUGAAUGUACUUUUUUGGCCAUUAGCAUAAAAUAAGUGGUAGCUCUGUUGAUUAGUUUUUUCCGAGAUAGAAUAACGGAUUUGGCAGCAAUAAUGGAUUUUUAUAGCUUAAGUCGCUUCUUUUAGCAUUGAUUAUUUUUCUCUUUAUUACUUAGCCUUUUAAUAAUUUAGCUAGCUACCGAUAAAAUAAGGGAAAGCAAUAAGCAUUUUUAGAAAAGUAAUUACAAAGCAAAUGCGGCGGGUUCAUGUACGUACUUGUUGUGAAUACAAGAAAAGUAUAAAGGCACUUGCCAGCUAUAGUACGUGGUUAUCUUUACCAUUUUCAAACUGUGAGUGUCCUCUCUCGCCCGGUUGGCCUUGACUCAACAGCUUAAAAGUAAAAUCCAAUGAAAGGAUCAGCUAAAUUUAGAUACAUAUUUACAAUAGAUUCACUACUGACGGAUCAAAUUGUACAUUUGUACUUAACCUUGACUUUAAUAGCUGGUGUACCUAUAGUCUGUACAUGCUUCAAAAUAGGAUUUAAUUGGUGUUAAGAAAUUAUCGGCUUAAUCGGAAGUGGGUUUCCUUGAGAAAGAGGGGAUCGGCUGGGCAACUUCUCAAGACGGUAAAAGACCCCGAUAUAUGCGAGCUCAGUAAUAAUUCCUUAACUUUCUAUAGUCGACUGAAGCUGUGUCCAUUCUCAAUGCUGCUGAAGUUAUUCGGUAUUAUUAUUAUUAUUACGGAGCUUAAGCGACAACGAAGGAGACAACUACGAAAACGUCACUUAAAAAGUGAAUUAGCGCUGCCUCAAACUUUAUCGCGCUUGUUCCAUCUAGUUUAAUUCCUCGUCAAACGUUGGCAAAUUUUUUGGAGUUGAAUUCUAAAGGACUGUAUUAAAGUUCAGGAAAGGAAAAGGAAAGUUGUUGUCUUGAGUGAAAUUAGACACUUUCACCUUGUAGUCGUGCAACGACGGCUUAAGAAUGUACAAAAAAGUGUGUUGUUGGUUUACCAAUCCAAACCCACUGCUUUUUUGCCGUUCUCGUUGCCGUCGCCGUCGUCGUCGCUUAAACUCCCUACGGAUAACCAACAGCGCAUGGCCUAUGUAUGCCUAGCUUUCUACCACUCUAUUGUUUUUCACGUGCAUGGUAGCUUACGAGAGCCCAUUCUCGUAAACGGCAGACUGUACUGUUGCGACUAGACUUUUUUGGAUUCCCCAGGUGGUCGCUUACGAGACCACGAGAGCUCCGGCUGAAAUCUGCUAAUUCAGGUCCCAACAUUGUUGGGAGCUUCAGUUGUAUCCGUUUGUAUACCACUGCUGCCAACACUGCCGCAACAACUCCCAACAUUGUUGACACCCUGCAUGUAGCUCAGAGCAACUCCAGAACACGAGUAAUCAAGUGGCUCCAAAAUGGUGCUACUCAGUUCUCUGUUUGCUCCGGCUGCUAAAGAAUCCACGAUAUAGAUAUUAACUUAGCUCUUGGUGAUAAAGCGCCCCUUUUCGACAAGAAGAAAAUUUCUGAUGAGUUCAAGACACCACCAGACGGUCAGUGGGAUAUGAGAACUAGAUCAGAGUUCUAACUCGCGAUCCGGCAUCACGAUGCAUAGCGCGCACUGAAAAGAGGCUGUUAUUCUCACUGGGAAAACACGCACAAAAGCUUAAAUUAGCAUCAAUGCACUUCCUAACAUUCUCAGCGUGGCCCGGGAGAACACACGGCAUACCCACAGACCUUGUCCCUUAAGUUUAAAGACAGCCUGCAGCUUGAUUAUUCAGCCAGUUCUAGUAAAGUAUAGGUCUCGGCACCCUCUAUAGCAGUUCUCGCCCCACCAUCCUCCCCUCAGCGAUGGAGCAUACCUCGUAUUCUCUCCUGGUUCACCGCCUCGCAAAGCCUCGGGCCGAUUCUCCCACAUCUUAUGCAUUUAGGCUCAUUUGGCUUUGUGUGCGGGUGUUUCGGGUGAGAAUACAUUACAUUUAGAGUUGUCCCACUGUCAAUAAAAGUUUCCAUUCAGAAAGCAGACAAUACUCACACGCACAUCAACUAUCGUAGUUAGUGAGUAAAAACAAUGAACAGUAAAGCUGAUCGAAAAAGCAAAUCAUUUCCUUGAUUGUAUUCACCAAUAAUUGCCGUCUCAAUUUGUGAUAUUGCGGAGCUUUCAAAGCUAAAUGUCAGAAUAUUUCCUAUUACAGAUACCAUAUAAUUCCGCUUUUACGACAGUUGAGUGUGAAUUCUCAAGAGAUACACCGAAAAACAAUGGCUUGAUCAGUAUUUAUGGAAAAAGCAUUAGAGUCGCUAAGCAACAGUUAUUGAACUUAUUGCAUUCAAGUGGAUUGACGGUGCAAAUUGAUCAAUGUAUUCACCAUUUUACUCGCAGACGUCAACACAAAAACUUUUAUACAUUAACUUAAUCGCACGCAAGGUACUGAAAGCCUAGCGGAAAAGGUAAGUCUCAGAGAAGCUUGUUUGAUCUUGUUAAUGCUUAAAACAUUUAUAUCACAUUGUUCAUUUAGCUUCACUGGGAGUCAUUAUCAUUUGUUUGUCAUUUGCUUAAGACAGUCUUUGUUCGUUUGUUUCCUUCUCGGUAUAAUAUAUUUGGUUGUGAACUUAGUAAACUGCUUGUUUACAUUUUAUAUACUGCGGCUGGGUUUUUACAAGAUGUGUCAUGACAAAGUGAAAGAAAUGUGGCACAAGUUCUCUGACAAGCCACGGUACAGAACAUGAAAUAAAUGAAUGCAAAUUGCUCGGCGACCGAUCCAUGUUUUUACAAAAGUUCUAACGCUGAGAGCAGUUUAAUUUCCAUACUUGCUGACCGGAAAAAAAAAACUUUAGACUGAAGCGUAACUGAUUUGGCCUUACCAAAUUCUGAAGACCAAAGCACGCGCAAAUUUUCGCCGGCUCUUGUUUUGUGGCAAAAUCAAAGAAAAAAAACCUGCAAAAUAGUCACGAGAGUGAAGUGAAGUUAUUCAGCAGACGAUUCUUUGUUAAAAUAAGGAUGAUGAGCAUUUAGUUUUAGGAUAUAUCCAGGUUUUUUUCUUAUUCCAGCGCAAUAUUCUAUUUCAAGUCUUCUUUCUUCGUACGAACCUAGCCAGCGGGCCAUCUUAUAUUAACGUCACACCUUGAAUCAAACUAACCGGGGGUGGAGUGUGAGUGGCCAUUUGAAUACUGUGUUUUUCCUUGAUUGGGUUAACCGAAAGGAGUCUAAAUAAAAAACUUAUCGUUAUCAAACUCAAAAUAAGUCAACCUUUUAUUUCAGUGUUGGAAUUAGUUUCUAGAGUAUAUGCCAAUUACAGUCUGUUUUUGUUAAUAAGAAAGUUUGGAUAGAGUUGGUGUAUCUAUUAGGAAAGGUCGUUGGACUAAAACGGCAACUAAAUUGACACAGAAACAAGGUUUCCGUAGGCGUCUUACUAAAUUGACAUUCGAAGACCAAUGGAGGAUGACAACAGAAAUGAAACCAUUUUUUACAAUGUACGUCGAAAAUAUGCGUGGCGACCAUAUGAUACGUACAUACAUACAACCUUUAUUUAUACACGAUAUUAAUUCAAAGCUACAGGCUUGUGGGGUCGUGUGCAAAAAUUACAAUUAAAUAAAACGUUAAAAGUUAUUACUACUAAGAAAUAAAAUCGUUCAUUCAUAAAAUACACAUAAGAAAGAUAGAAAAUGAUAUUCAAGAAAAGACAAUUGUCUAAAGUUGCUAACUUUUCUUUUACACUGAAUCAACUACGACAGAGGACACGACAUAAUAAAUGCAUCUAUGAUGUUAUGAAGAGCGUCCUUUAUCUGGUUCAAAAAUACAAAAUAUUUCAAAUCAGUUUGUAGGAUAAUUAUUAUUAGAAUCAGCUGUGUGAUCCGGCCGAUUAUGAAAGGCGAUGCAUCUUAUUGUUUUUAGUUUCGAAAUGACAUCCAGAUUAACACUCACUGUAUCAGGUGGCAAUCUAUUGUGUUAACUACAAAGUCUUUCACAUUUCAAUAUAUUCCAAGAAAUAAUGGAGGAAACAGUCAUUUUGGUAAGCAUCCUGUCACUCGAUUGCUUUAACUGGGACAACUACAGGAUUUCGUCGGAUCUUUUACAAAAAAAAAGAGAGAAAAAAACAAAAGAAAAAAAAUGUCGCUUAGCUGGGUAAUGGCUUUUUGAUAUUCGAGGAUUAUGACAGGUUACUGUCAAGUAUAUUUGCCGUUAAGUAGUGAAAAGGCAGACUUAAUGCCUCCUUAAAAUGGAUCCCCUGCACUUAGUAAUACCAGUCAACAACAUAUCGUGCACGAUAUCAAUGAGAAUUAUCACGAGGAAACAAAUUAAAAACAUCUGGAAUUCUUUCAGUUUUGGACAGUUUUGGUUAAAAACAGAAAAUGAGUCAAAGUUUCUAAGGCGGUUUUUCUUUGUCUUAUUUGAUCUCCGAAACUUCAGUUUCCUUCAGUGACCGACGCAGGCGUUGAAUUUGGUUUUUGGCAGGAAAAACUGAUACCUUAAGGGUGCUUUUUGAACUUUUUUUCUUUUAUAUAAAAUGAAUUUAGUCAGUUAGCUUAAAAUGCGACCAAUCAAUCAAAGCUGUCAGUGGCGUUCCAUCUCAACACAGACGGAAAAUAAAUGUCGAACCAAAGAGAUUACACUCCUUUUAGAAAUCAUCAGACCGCAGAUGGAAAUUUUGUUUUGAAGCGUCCAGAAGUUCCUUUUUACUAGGAAUUACAAAACAAAAUAACUGAAUACUUAAGAAACUUUAUAAAUCUUCGCCUGAAUCCCAGUUCACUCAUUCAUGCUCUUAGUAGAUUUUUACGCAGAGUGCGAGAGAGUACGAUAGCAGCAAAUCACGAUGCUUUUGGACUCUGUUGCUCUCUGAUUCAGCAACAUUGAACGUUGGAUUACGAACCAUCCAAGAGACUGUAAAGGGGACAGAGAGGGCAUCCCCCAUAUACACCCUAUUCCAUAGGUAAUUCGUCUCGAGUUAUUUUUAGAAUCGGGAUAAAGUUACCUCGCGCGAGGCGUGGAUGUUUCGUGGAGGUUUCGCAUGACCAAACGCCGUGCAAAACAUGUCGGGCGAGAGGCAAUGAAAGCGUAAAAAGAUCGAGAGCAUUCCUGAAUAUUGAAGCGAAAUGAGUCGGCGCUCACCUGGGAAAAAGGAAUCGCUGGACUCUUUGACAACCCGUGAAAUCAGUUUAACUCGAAGUUGUCGUAACCUCAGUGCUUUAAUAAAAUGAGAAAUUUCGCCGGUCUAUUGAAACCGGUCGUUUGUACAAUUUAGGGAGUUUAAGAUCCAACGACGCGGACGACAACUAGAACGUCAAAAAAACAAUAGGUUUAAUUAGCAAAACAACAACUUCGCACGUGCAACACACUUUUUUGUUCAUUUCUUUCCCGUUUUUGCACGACUACGACGUGAAAAUGCCUAAUUUCGCGUUUUAUGGAGGACGUAAAUAAGCAACGACGAAAUUUUAUUUCUCUUUCUGAGCUUGAAUAUGGUCCCUUGAAAUUCAGCUUUAGGAGGGUUCGCCUACAAUUGACAAAGUAAGUGGGUAGGAAUAAUCGCUAUAAAGACUGAAAAAAAUAAACAUCAAACCAGAAAUUGCUCUCUUCAAACUGUAAAUUAUAAAUGAUCCUGAGAGAAUAUUCAGUGUGUUAAGGAUUUCCCUGCUCUACUGUUAGCUCUAUACAAGAGAGGAAGGGCGAUUCUUUUUUAAUUUCGGUUUCGCUGACACAGCUUUCGCAGAAAUCUCGCUGUAGUCGUUUUCGUCGACAAAAGGAAUAGCAAAAUCGCUCUCCGCGUCUUCCCCCAUUUUGUUCUGCGUCAUUUCGUGAAGGACGCGUGGCUCUCAGCGUGGGUCAUCCACGCGGAACACAUUCGCGCUAUGUGAUUGGCUGUUGUCUUAUCCCCCUUGAGAUCUGUGGUGUUAAAAAUAACUCGAGACGAAUUACCUAUGGAUUAGGGUGUAUAUGGGGGAUGCCCUCUCUGUCCCCUUUAUAGUCUCUUGGAACCAUCGUAAUAACUAAAAUUCGAGAAAAGGCAAGGCAAAACUACAAAAAAUCUCCCUCCAAAACGACAUUAAUCAAUUAAACAGUGAUAAUUAAGAAUAGAAAAAUUUAAAAGUCUUUGUAAAUCUUCCUGUAGAUUGGCAAAAUGUCUGUUGAAAGUGCCGACGCUGACAAACCAAAUCCAGGUCCGCAUAGCGUGCCUGAGUUCAAUGUGCAAGACGUAGAUGCCAAUGAGAAUAUCAGGAUAGACAGCUCAACGACUCAGCUCAAGUCUGGUAUAAUCACAGAAGGUGAUUCCAAGAGCAGACAAAAAUCAGGAAAAAGUCGACCUUCGAGUGGUAAGUAUUGAAUACAAAUUUCUCUCCCUGUGGCUCUGUUGUUCAGUGAAGACAAAAAACUGAAGAAAAAGUAUCCGUAUGGAUUAAGAAUACAUAAAGCUAUUUGACAAACAGGUUUUGAUGUUUGGGCGCCUAGGUAAAGCCGGGUAAAGGGAUGCUUCGGGCUGGAACUUAUCCCUAGUUUCAGGCAAUUAGAAAGAUAGAAUUAGGUCGGUAUAGUUUUACUAAAUUUGCAUAGGCAACAAAACUACUAACUCCCCACAGCUAUAAAAGGCCUUAAAAAUCAAGACGAUGAAGGCACUUUGGUAAAGUGACAAAUUGAGGUCUUAUUUAAACAAGGUCAAUGGAUUGAAUCAUAAAAUCAAAAAUCAUAAACAUAAGCAAAUUGUGUUCAUUGAAAAUAUACUUUUUUAAGUUAAUGCCAAAAAUAAGUUUGGCCCGGCUUUUUAAGGAAAUGCGCAAGGAUUCAGUGAAUAAACGAAACUCGGUUCCAAUAUUAUUAAAAUGUUACAAGAAGUAAUUCGUAUCCAGUAAAACUGUAAUAGCGCAUUUUUCCUACUUUAUUGUUUUGCAGCAAAAUCAAAGCGAGCGGGUACUGGGAAGAGCAGGUUGACACCAGUCCCUACUCCAGCGGAUGGUUCAUCUAAGGUUGAACAAGCACUUUCAAAUGGGGAACCUGCGGAGGACAGUGAUUAUGAUACUGAUUUGGACUGCGAAGAACCCCGAGAAGAAUACGACCGCACAGGUAAACUGCACAAUUUCACCAAGCACUGAGUAAAUUUUAAUUGAAACCGCUGCAAAAUGGUAAUGUUUUUCGUGGCGUCAGCGUGGUUGCUUUUUUGUCAUGCUCCUAUUUUUGGGUUGUUAACUAUUGUUCAAUCCUAUGGAACAUGGAAAACUGAAUAACGAGUCAUUACCAACUCGAUCCAUUACAACAGGGGCGGCCUAUGAUCACACUGCGAUAAGUGGCUCUUAAGAGAAUAACCAGGCUUUCCACACCCCACUACACUAAGUAAAAUGAGUGGAAUGAGGAUACUGGGGAUCUCCUCGGCUGGGUGAUUGAACUGCAUGAUUGUACAGACUAGGUCCUUUACUGAUUAUAUUACGUGCAAGGGUUCACUAUAAAAAACUGAUCAAAACUGUACAGAAGCAGAACGGUUUCUUUGCCCUUUUUCGCCUGUUGACUUUAGAACACCGACGUUUUCAUAUACAGUUAACUUUUAGGUAGAUUUUUUCGCUAGUGUUGAUCAUCAAGUAAGUCUCACAAAUUCAAGCCAGCAAUACUGGAGAACAGAAAAUAGCUGUAUGUCUAUUAUCUCUCUUUCUCCGCUUGCGGAACUGGCGUUGACGAUAAUCGGUUCAUUGGCUGAAAAUAACUAACUUAGGCAUCCAACUGACCCUGCAGGUCGCAAAGCGUAUAUGGAAGCCUGUUCUCAACUGGGAAUCAUUCCCGUCUCAUUUGUUAUCGAGCACAUCACACGGGAAAAGAUUGAUAUUAAACAUCAUGGAUUGGGACCGAGUGGUGCCCGGGCUAUCGCGUUUGCUCUAAUGAGAAACACGGCAACAACGACAUUGAACUUACGGGACUGUGCCAUUGGUAAGUUUCGAUAAUUGACUUAGGAUCUUUGCUUACUUAUGAAACCCUACAUCCCAAUAUACUUUGAUGUUAAUCACACAACUUCGUUUUCCUCAAUCGGGUAGGAAUGUCUCUUUUUUAAAAUCUAUAAAAGGCACUGAAGAUCAUGAUAACUUCCCUUGAACGUAUUCUGCCCUCACCGUAAUAAUCAACUGUAUAGAAGACUCCUCUGUGUAAUGCAAAGCGUUUCUCGUGCAGAACGUCUGUACAGGUAUAGAUUUUCUCAAAGUCCUUCGCUUCUCGUUUACGGUUCCGGUGGUAAGCCCCAGCGCGAAGAGCUCCCGCUCCCUCACUCGCUUUGCCACCGAAAACGUAAAAAUUUCUAGCUCGCGCUUUAUGCGCGCGAGGAAAAUUUUGAGCUCGACUUUUGGGCAAGUCUAGUACAGGUGGAGCCGUCUUUUUAAAGAUAGUUAUUUUUCUUAAUUUUAUAUAGGACCCGAGGGAGCUGGUUACGUCUCUAGGAUGCUUAAGGAAAAUUUUUACAUCACCGAGUUGGACUUGGCUCAAAACAAAAUAAAGAGCCCUGGUGCCCAGGCCAUUUCCGAGGUGCUCACUGACAAUAACACCAUCAAGAAAUUGAACCUGUCGUGGAAUGAUUUUAAAGACAAAGACGCCGAAUGCCUGGCAGAGGGAAUCCGUGUCAAUCAAACACUGACAUGGCUUGACUUAAGUCAUAAUGGGUUCGCAGAGGAAGCUGGGAUGUUAUUGGGUUAGAAUAGUCUUCUUUAAUCAUAUACAGUCCACUCUCGCCUUGCUAUGACGAACACCCCAAUUAUCAGGGGCACCCAACGACGGUUUCCUCCCAAACAAAUUAAAAACACUUUUUAGACUAUCCAGGGUACUUUUAGAUGUCUAGAAAUGCAUUCUAAGCGGCGCUAUAAAAUUUGUAUCUGUUCGGUCAUCCUAGGGGAACUUGAGUCUUUUCGAAAUUACAAGGGCCUCAGUAUUAUUUUCCCGAAAAUUUUAGAGGCAAUUUAACGUAUUACGAAAGUGAUAAUUUUUCUUAUUUCCCUCUCCAUCAUAUUUUUGGAUUCGAAAAUUUUAGUUUUCCUUUUUACUACGUCCUCAAGUAAUAGAGAAUUCUAGGUAUUAUCUGCUUCUCUGCACAGAUAUUUACAGAGAGCAGUCGUUGGGUGCUCCUGAAUUAUAGAGAGUAGCUAAAUCCCAGGCAAAAAUUUAUUGCCGAUGUUUGACUUAAAUAAAAUCCCGCUAUUACGGCUCUUGGUAAUGAGGUGGACACUAACUCAAGGUCCCUACAGUGCCCGCUACAUGGGAGUUGACUGUGGGGCGAAAAGUACAGCCAUUGUACAUUGGAGCCCCGCUGUAUGGACAUCCGCUUAAUACGGAUACCGUUAUAAGGGAAAGUUUCGUUUGUCCUAAAUAAAAGCUCAUAUAUCAUCUUUAAAAAGUGUUCUCGUGAAAAUAUGUGCUUUCGUCGAUAAAACAUUUCAGUGUAACCACGGCAUGUCCCCUUGGUAUGCCCGUUACCCGGGUUUCACGAUACCUCAUUAGGGACUAAUUUGGCUACUUUAAUCAGGUCCAAGGUAGUUUCCUUGCCCCUCCUUUUUUCGUAGAUCUCACGAGCUGAAUGAGUUCUUAGACAAUGCUUAAAUAGUUCUCAAAUUGUAGUCCAUCCAAUAGCUGCAAAUCAACGUCCUCAUGACGUUAGAAGAGCCUGUGUACAGAUGUCUCAAACCGUAAUUAAACGUAACAGAUGUUAUGAAUUAACACCUUCUAAGGGGUGGACCGUUAAAAGAGUUAUUGCGGGGGUGGGGAAUUUUCGCGCUGCAUGAAUAUUAUUCUUAAAAUUUCCCUUAUUUCUUUUGUUAAUUUUCCCUUGCAUCAAUAUUUUUUGUACUUCGCCCACCCCUCCCACACUUUUUCAUUAAUGGUCGACCCUAACACAAUUAAUUCAGUCAUUCUGUUUUCUUUCCUAGGACCUGCUAUUGACGCAAACGGUGGAUUAGAAUAUCUUAAUCUUAGCUGGAAUCACUUCCGAGGCAAAGGAGGCGUGGCCAUCGGUAAAGGCUUGCGUGCUAACUGCAGUCUACGGACAUUAGACAUUUCUUGGAAUGGUUUAGCUGAUGAAGGAGCUGCAGCGUUCGGAGAAUCUCUUAAGGAAAAUAAUACAUUGAUUGAUUUAGAUUUAACCAACAACAGAAUUUCCACCGAGGGAGCGUUGGCAUUCGCUAAAGGCCUACAAAUCAACAAUACGCUUAAAAUAUUAAGGUUUGUGACUUAACAACAACAACAACAACAACAACAACAAUAAAGAUAAUAGUAAUAAUAAUAAUAAUAAUAGUAAUAAUAAUAACAAUACAAUUUUAGAUAGCCAGGGCUAAAACAUAUAGAAUCAUGAGAAAAUUUUGAACGAAGUUGUAAUAAAUAAACACAUUAAACCAUUUUUCAAGUUAUAUUUUGUAGCUGAAAAUCUUCUCCUCAAAUUCGCGCUCAUGUUGGUUUCUCUUUACAGUCACAGGACAUUUAACAGUUACAAUGUUACCUUCCAAAAGUCUCUGAGUAGGGCAAAGGUCAAGAGUACACCAGUUACCAGCGUUAGGCCGGUUGGUUAUGGGGGUGGAGGGGGAGGGGCGCUAUCAACAAUCGUUUUUAUUCUCGAAAUGCGAAGGAAUCUAACUCAGUAUUAAGGAAAAAUAGAACUAUUUAUAUUUUUUUGAGUUUCAUGUUAUAUGGGAGUAGAGGGAUGUUUUCUUGAAGUGAAAAAGUGUCUUGCUCGAUUUUACAAUCAAAAUUAGUUACAUCUUUGUACUUUUUAAUUUCGUAUGGCUCCACACAGUAAUUUUCAAGGAGUUAUAAUAACUCCUCUAGUGGGGUUAAUUUAACUCCUUACAAUGGAGUUAUUUUUCGGGGUCGAAGUUAUUUUCACUCCAAAAAGAAGUUUAAAGAACUCAUUUUCAGGAGUAAAAAUGACGCCAGAUAUUGAGCUAUUUCCCCAGUUAUCCUGUACCUAAAAUUUUUAGUCCACUUUCAGAAUUAAAGUAACUCCUAAAAGAGUAAAAACAACCCAUGUAAGGAGUAACAAUAACCCCAUUUUCGGAGUUAUUUUAACUCCAGACUGGGUGUAAAAAGAACUCUUUUUCAGAAGUAAAAAUGACCCCAAAUUUGGAGUUAAAUUAGGAUUUAAAGCAACCCCCAAAAGGGGGUUAUCCCGUACCUAAAAUGUUUACUCCAUUUUUGGCGUUAAAUAACUCCCUAAAAAUUACUGUGCGGUUUUUCAAAAUCAUAAGCUUACAGGGUGGAUACAGUGCUGAUUUAAGUUUUUUACCUCUCCUGUAGAAUUGGGCUGAAUCCACUGCAAAAUAUCGGUGCUUUUGGUCUUCUCACAGCAAUGAAAAACAACGUGGACUCUGCCUUGGAGCAAAUUCUUUUCAACAGCGUCGUGGUCAAUUUAGAGACUCAAGAACUCGUGGAGUUGCUUCUGGGACAACAUCCGGGACUCACAAUCACGUGCACUUUCAGUAAACGGUCUGACAAACCGGAUCCUCUCGACGACCGAUUUGGAAAUAACAAGGGGAAUGAACUGAUCUACAUCCUCAAAAAGUAUGUCGAGGAUAAAAAUUACCGGUUAAUAGACUUGUUUAACCAGUUUGAUAAGGAUAACAGCUUGUCGGUAACUAGAGAAGAAUUUAGAAUGGGCCUUAAGAGCAUUGGAGUUCCCAUGACCGAUGACCAACUGACGAAGCUCAUUGACAUGUUAGAUGAGGACGGCGAUGGAGAGAUUGACUAUGGUGAAUUCACUUGGAUAAACGAAGUUGAUUAA